AAUCGUCCUUAUUUACAUUUACAUUCAGUGGUGUACCGCAGAAUCCUUACACUGUUUGUCCUGUACGGAUACUGUAUCACCCAUCCACUGUCAUCUCAUCAGAAAAUGUCCUGCUGGUGACGUAUGCUACAUAGAACAAUUUAGGACAAUCAAUGGAGAACAGCUUUACAAUAUGGGAUGCUACACAGAACGGAUUUGCCAUGACCAUCAAAUGAAAGCCAGAAAACGUCAGUUGUCUCAUUUGACCGGAAGUGAAAAUCCCCAAUGUGUACACUGCUGCAAAUCUGAUGCCUGUAAUGUUCAAGGUUGUCGGUCUACAGGAUUUCCUAUUCAACGUGGACCUUUGUGUUUUAACUGCAAGCAAAGCACCAACCCAGAGCUUUGUCGUUACGUCAAGGUUUGCGAGUAUGAUCAGGUCUGUCAUCUCCACGAAGAGGAGGAGUUCGGAGACAAGUUCUAUGUGUCAUCAUGUUUACUCCAUAAUCAAUCACACGACUUUCCGGAUCACAUCGCUGUGGUAUCACGACACUCUGAAACUGAUGUCGUAAAAACAUGA